GUACUCAUCCUUGUACGGUACAACCAAGUCGGCCACAAGGCAUAGCCCUAUCGCGUUGACCUACUGUAUCCCAACUCGACCUAGAAAGUAUACACAGAGGUGUGGCAGUCAUUCGCAGUGGUACCAGGCAGGCAAAAUGGAGGUAAUACUUAAACGUGUACCUUUUUCUGUCAUUCUCGCAAUUGUUGUCCUUGCCGUUAUUUGCCAGCCUGUUCAUGGGGCCCGUCGGCGCGAUCGUCGGGCUGAGUCUUCUUCGGAUAAUCACGCUAAAGUUCUUGUCUUAGGUGCCGGUGCGUCGGGUCUACAGGCUUCGCGGAUCCUCCAUGACGCAGGCAUGGAUGACUUUAUCAUUAUAGAAGGAGCAGAUCAGAUUGGGGGCCGUAUUCGAUCCACUACGUUUGCUAAUCGCAGUAUUGAAAUCGGAGCAGGAUGGACUUACGGGCAGGUAAGGCCUAUGGUCUAUGAGCUUGCCAAUGAUCUUAACCUCGAACGAAGAGCAAGUAACUACGAAAGCCUUAUAUUCCGUAAUGGUACCGGCGACAACGUCACAGAUCAGGCAUUUGGCGACUACGACAAACUCGAACCGGCCAUGGAAAAGUUAUUUUCUCUGAAGGCAAGGAUUCAGAGCAAGAAAAGCAACCCUGACAUGUCGCAGCGGUCAGCGUUACGUCUUGGAGGUUGGAGCCCGAAAAGUGACACAGAGAAACUCAUCGAGUGGUUCGAGAUUGACUUUGAGUACGCUGAACCCUCUGAGCUAUUGUCCACGGAUGAGGCGGAAGAUUUUGGUGAGACCUACUUCUUAAAUGAUCCGAGAGGAUUCAUUACAAUCUUUGACGUCGUUGCUGGUUUCUUAAAGGAGCCCGAGUUCAUCAACCACACCCGUUUAAAUCAGAGAGUAGUCUCCAUCGAUCAGAGCGAUCCUGCCUCGGUGGUUGUCACUUGCGAUGACGGCACAGUGUACACCGCCGAUCAAGUCCUGGUCACCUUCAGUCUCGGUGUCUUACAGAAUGACUUAGUUGAGUUCAUCCCACCUCUACCAGAAUGGAAGGAUGUUGUCAUCAAGAAGUCUCUCAUAGCUGCCUACACACACAUCUACCUGAGCUUUCCAACUAAGUUCUGGGACGACCAGGAGUGGAUCCUGCAUGCUAGCCCGAGAAAAGGCUACCACCCAGCUUUCCUCAACUUCCAGGCUGAGGGGUUUGAUCCAGACGGCACGCCUACAUUGCUGGCGACUUUAACCGGUGACGAGUCAAGACGAGUGGACGCCCAGCCAGUAUCUCAAACCAAGGCUGAAAUAGAACAAGUUCUUCGCAACAUGUACGGGGAUAGCAUUCCAGACAUCGAGGAUAUCUUAAUCUCAGGCUGGACGAGUAAUCCACUCACCAUGGGUUCAUACUCCGCUUGGCCCACCGAACUCUCAAGGCAAUGCACCGACGCGCUCGAAGGUCGAGUUGACCGCGUUUUCUUCGGAGGGGAAGCGACUUCACCAGUACAUUACGGCUACGUUGAAGGGGGGUUGGAAUCGGGCAAGCGGGAAGGGCUAAAGAUUCUCGACUGUAUGAGGAAUUUCGAAGAAUGUCCUCUGUAUGAAGGAGGUGGUUUAGGUUGUGAGGUUCCGGAAGCAAGUUCAGCAACUUUAGUUCACUGUAGCUCUUAUAAUUCCUUUGUACUUGUUACUGGGUUGGUAUAUUUGUUGAUCUAG